AUGUUAGGUUUAGUAUACUACUAUUCAACUUCACACAAUCUCACCCAAUUUACACCAAUUAAAUUCAAUGAACAGUCGUACUUGGUGCAUAAGGAAUAUUUGACGUGUGAUUCAACCACAAAGUAUUUACAUAAUCUACAUAAUCUUGAUUCUACCACACCUUAUUUACAUAAUCGUGAUUAUUCUUUGACACUCCAUCCUAAUCACUGUUUUCAUCAACCAUUUGUCAGUUUCAGUUUGUUUUUUGAAAAAAUUAUUUGUGCUUACUAUUUUUAUUGA